AUGUUUAUCGAUAAGAAAUUUAAAAAUCCACAGAAUCUAAAAGUAUUGAUCCCAGAUGAAGAAAAGAUACUUGAGUCCUGGAUCGAUGUGAUUCCUGCAAAUUAUCGAUGGUGGUUUGUCGACAAUGAACCGUACGUGAUUUUGAAACAUCCAAUGGAUGGCGAAGCCAUCUAUCCUAGCGGUCUAAAGUAUAAUGGUGAAGUGUUGUUGUAUUUGCUUGCACAUGGGUUUCUCACAUUCUUCAAACGAUUUUUUCAAAAUCUUGCCAAGAUGAAUCCAGGCAACAUUCCUCUAAAUGAUCUACUUGAGAACACGUUUGAUAUGAAUUGGUUCAUGCGAGAUGGAGCAUAUGAUCUGAGUGAUGAGAUGCGAAUCUAUCU